UCUUCAGAAAGAGAUUGAGUAUCACUGAUCUUUGUAUACACAACCUUUGCUAGGCUGCAUGUACAUCACUCUGGAUUAUGACAACGACACUUAAGAAAUUUAUUGAAUCCCUGGAUCCCAAAACCCUCCCAAGAGUUCUACAAAUACAAUCUGGAUAUUAUGGAGUCACUGACAACGAAUGCUCCAUAUCAACUGGAGAAGUCAUCACGGUCACUGGAUACAAAGUCCAAAAAGUCAGAGCACAUAUUCAUAGCAGUGAAUACGCCGAUACUGUGGAACUGCCUCUUAAUUUUCCAGGCUUUUUUAAAAUUGUUCCUGAUAAAACCUCUUAUUAUUCCAUUGAAGAGAUAGUGAAAGCACUACAUGUUGGUCACACGCGAUUUGGACAUCCAGGCUUUUAUAGCUGUUCUAAUUUACAUGUGGGAACAGUAACUGUUUGCCAGAACGAGGAAAUCAUUAUCAAAUCUGUAGAGGAUUCAAAUGGAGUCAUGUCAGUUAACUGUGAAGUGUUUAUAAAUGGAGAACGUCAAUGCUUUGUAUUACCUUUGUCAUACAAAGGAGAGUUCUAUGAAUAUAAAGAUGAGAAAAUAUACACAUUGAAGGAGAUAACGGACUGGAAAAUUCCAAAAUGUAGAAAAAGGACUGUAAUUCUUACAGAUCUUACAAAACUACUGGAACUCACACAACUAUUUCCCAAUGCUUCUAAUGCAAUGAUGACCCUAGAGCCAGUUUAUGAAAUUCAAGCACUGCUGGAGUUUGGGAAAGACAUUAUUAAUCUUUUAACGGAUCUUGAUAUAGAAGUCCUGGAUAUCACCCAAAAGUUUGAUGUAGAAUAUUUUAUUCAAAUUUUAACAACACAUGAAAUCUUUGAAAGGACCUCCAAAGAAUUUCCCAUGAUUGCCGAAAUUAUAGAAGGCCCAUUAAGGAGUCACACUGCUUACAGGUUAUUACAACAUGGGAAAAAGAUUAUAAUUCAUGCAAAAUAUCAAGCGGAUCGUGUCAUUGCUUCAGAAUUAAGAAGUGAUACAGCAAAUAAACAUUUUUUGAUACCAUCGUCUUACAAGGGGAGGUUUAAAAGGAGACCCCGAUUUUUCCCAACUGUCUACGAUUUAAAUAUAGCGAACAGAGAAACAGAUAAUAUUCAUGUUGUGGCAACAAAGGCAUUUCAGUCAUCCCACGAAGAAUUCUCUUCAGUAAAUGUUGGAGAUCAGUUUCAGGCAAAACAUUUCCAAUCUUGUAAAGUAAAAUCUGAUGGUAAAACAACUAUAGUAGAUGCACUAGUCUGUGCAAAAAUGGAAAACAAAUGCUGUGUAAAGUCUACUAUUCCACUAUAUGUGGAAGGUGGCUUUAUGGAAGUGGUGCAUGAUAAAAGACAAUACUACGUAUCAGAACUCUGCAAAGAUUUUCAGUUACCUGUGAAUGUUAAAGUCUCUGUGAGGGAUUUGUUUACUGUGGCAGAAGACAUUUUAGCUGCAACAUCAGUACUACAACUUGAAGAGCAGAUAACAGACUCUUACCUGCUUGUUAGCUUGUUAGACAACCCUAAAGAGGUAUGGGAACUCCCAGUUCACCGUGUCAAUUUAACUGUUCGCUUGAUUGGCAACUUUUAUGGUGAUACGUAUUUCUCACCAACAAGGACCAACGUAGAGGAAAUUAAUGAGGAAGAAUACUAUAUGCUGCGGAGAUAUGAAAGCCAUGUUCACGACCCUCCACCAAGGCCUCCAAAGACCCCGGUAAAUACUUCUAUAAUUGAAAAACCUGUGAUCAGUGAAUCGAACCAAGAUAUGACAUCUGAGCCUCGUUCUUUUAAUCAAGUUACGGAAGUUGUAUGUUCAUUGCAAGAGAAAAUUAAUGACGAGACCUUGCAGCAAAGCACUGAGAAAGAUAUUUCUACCACAACAAGCAGCAAUACCGAGACAGAUGCUUUUGUGGCUGUAUCCAAAGACGUCAAGGAACACCAACAAAUGAAAAGGGAAGUUAAUGAUGUAAAAGAACAAUUUGAUUCUAUCACACUGAAGUGUCGGCCUACACAUCAAAUAUCUCAUGAAAAUGACAUUCCAGGACAAUGAGACAACCUCUCCAGUAAAAGAGGACAUUUGUAAAGGAAGCACAACAUAUCGUCCACAUUUCUUCAGCAAAUGUUUCAAAGCAAUUAUUCUAAUUAAUGUAAUUUAUUUAUAAAUAUUCCAUGUCACUAUAAAAUGGGUAACACAUUAAGCAAGUUAAAUACAGAUACUGAAAGAAUAACUGUUUGAGCAUACACAUCUGCU